AAAGCCACAUAAAUGAAGGUCUAGGUAUGGGGGAAAUCGCCCCCUUUCAGCGCCAAAACAAAAUAAUUCACCACACUUUUUCUUCACUUUAUCUCUCUUCUUCACUCCACAUAAUCGUUAAUCAAUCCUCCCUUCCUUCUCAUUCGCUUUAAUCCUGCCAGAUUAAUUUUCCCGUUAUUAUUAACAAUUCAAAAUUAAUUAAUCUCAUGGAUUAUCUCCUAAUCACAUAUUUAUUAUCGCUUCAUCGUCACUAAUACCUCGCCAUUUUUUUUGAAAAAAUUCUCUGCACAGAGAAAAAAAUUCUCCAUGGGGAGUGGCAAGCAGAGAUGGAGGAUUUCCUUCCAUAGAUCGUCGUCGUCGCCGCCGUCGAAUUUACUGUUACUGAAAAAGCAGCUUCCUUCUGCUCCGGUCGAAUUUCUAUGCCCAAUUUCGGGCUCGAUCAUGGCGGAUCCGGUCAUAGUCUCCUCCGGCCACACCUUCGAACGCAACUCCGUCCACGCCUGCGUUUCUCUCUCUUACAACCCCACUCUCCACGACGGCGCCGCCGCGGAUUUCUCCACCGUCAUCCCCAAUCUCGCCCUAAAGUCCACCAUCCUCAACUGGUGCCGCCACCACAACCUCGAUCCCCCAAAACCCAUCGACUUCUACUCCGCCGAGAAAAUCGUCCGUCAAAUUGCCCCCGAGUUGCCCGCGAUCAAUCGGAGCGAGUUGACUCGGACACCGAGUGAAGUCUCCGUCACCAGCUCAGAAGAUUCCGUUACGCCACGUCACGGAUCCAACACGCCUCUCCCGUUAACAACCAGACCUUCGUGCUACUCGUCUUCUUCCUCCUCCUGUGAAAUCGAGAUCCCGAGCUCGAUUUUAUCGGAAGAAGAAGAAGAGCUCUUCGUCAAACUGAAAAGCUCUCAAAUCCACGAGAUUGAGGAGGCGCUGAUUUCCCUCCGGAAACUCACACGAACCAGGGAGGAGACACGUGUCCGUCUCUGCACUCCCCGGCUGCUCUCCGCCAUGAAAUCCCUAAUCACCUCUAGAUACUCAACCCUUCAAGUGAACGCCGCCGCGGCGUUGGUGAACCUGUCUCUGGAGAAACACAACAAGGUGAAGAUCGUACGGUCGGGGAUAGUUCCGCCGCUGAUCGACGUUCUGAGGGGCGGAUUCUCCGAGUCGCAGGACCACGCAGCCGGUGCGCUCUUCAGUCUAUCCCUCGACGAUCAGAACAAGACCGCCAUCGGAGUUCUAGGCGCGUUGCCUCCACUCCUCCACGCGCUGCGCUCCGAUUCGGAGCGGACGAGGCACGAUUCCGCUCUAGCCUUAUACCAUCUCUCCUUAGUGCAGAGCAACCGUGUCAAAAUGAUCAAACUCGGCGCGGUACAGACAUUGCUCGGCAUGGUUAAAUCGGGUCAUAUGUUGAGUCGGGUCAUGUUGAUAAUGUGUAAUUUGGCAGCAAGCGUUGAGGGAAGGGCCGCGAUGCUGGACGCAGGCGCGGUUGAGUGUUUCCUGAGGUUGCUGAGUCAGGGUGAGUUCGACUCAGCAGCGACUCGGGAGAGCUGCGUGGCGGCGAUAUAUGGGCUGAGUUGCGGCGGAUUGAGGUUCAAGGGGCUGGCGAAAGAGGCCGGGGCGGAGGAGGUGCUGAAUAAUCUAGAGAAAACGGGUAGCGAACAUUUGAAAGAGAAGGUGAAGAUGGUGUUGGAAGUGUUGAGAGAGAAGCACGAGGAAGAAGAAGAGAUUAAUUGGGAGGAAUUGCUGAGUUUAGACGACGAUGAUGAUGGUUCGAGUAGGAGUCGAACUCGAGUGAGUUGAGUGGUUCUUUCGAAUCGAAUUUCGUUUUGUUGGUUAAGUGAGUUUAUCUGGUAAUGAUGUGUGUGCUUGAUUUGUGGUUCCUCAUUAACAAUUGGGGAAGUUGUAAGUAACAAAAUUGUGGUUAGUUUGGAUUUUUAUUAGAUUAUUUGAGGCUGAUUUACAUAUGUUUUUCCUAAUUCUUUCAUGUUUGCUCAAGCUUUGGAAGGUUUUUGGCCAAUAAUAGAGAAUAGAAUGUAAAUAUUUGUUA